AUGCUUAUAUUCAGGUGCUUCUGUGGACGCGAUCAGGAUCCCGAAGGCUCACGGCUCAUCACGCCGCACAGCUGUGGCAGCGGUUGCUGUAGACCGAGGAAUUGUGAACAUCCUUGCUCGAUGUCAUGCCACCCUGGUCCUUGCCCUCCUUGUUUACUCUCCAUUGAGCGCAAAUGCCAUGUGAGAGAGAAACACUUGUUCUUACGUGUUCACUGUGGCAAGGUACUUGGGUGCCGCAAUCAUCGUUGUGACAAUAUUUGUCACAUUGGACCUUGCCAAUCGUGCUCCCAGCGGGAGAACGUUCGCUGUUUCUGCGGAAAGGAUGAAAUGCAGGCUGAUUGUGGCUUUCGGGGUGAAGAUGCUGCGCCUUGUUUCAAAGUACAUAACCCCAACAAUUCCACCAGUGGAAUCGUGUCGCGCGAGGAGUGGGAGGGGAGGUAUCAGUGCAGUAGUAGCUGCGAGACGCUAUUCUCUUGCGGGGUGCACAUGUGCCAAAAAGUUAAUGAUCCACUUCUCAAUAUGUUAUCACUAUCGACUAACCCGUUGUUCAAUCAUAGCCAUCUCUCGUUCAAGACUUGCCCAUGUGGCAAAACUCCUCUCAAUUCCAUACCAACAUGCGGAUCGACUUGUAGAAAAGAGCUUCAAACAUGUAGCCAUCCCUGUCUUUGCCCCCCAUGUUCGACACAAAUUUCUGUCCCCUGCCGAUGUGGGGAGACGCUCCAAGGAUUGCUGCCCCCUAGCCGCUCAUGCGAAACAAGCAGAAGGAAUAAGAAGCGGAGGGCUGCAGAACCAUUGGUAGAUGCUGCGACACUCGAAGCGGAAGAUGUGCAAGGAUGGCAUGCCUGCAAUUUCCCAUGCAACAAGCCACUAAGUUGUGGGAAGCACCGAUGUGAGCUCCAAGACCAUCGAGGUAUAUGUCCACCAUGUUUGCAAUCCAGCUUUGAAGAAGCCGUAUGCAAUUGCGGUAGGACAGUGCUUGAGCCACCAGUUGCUUGUGGGACACAGAUUCAAUGUAAUUUCCCUUGUGUGCGUCCUGAUCCUGCAUGUGGUCACCCCAAAACGCCACACCCAUGUCACGAGGACGGACCUUGCCCCCCUUGUCCUCACCUGAUCACGAAGCUCUGUGCUUGCGGAAAAACCAAUGUGAAUAACAUACGUUGUUCUCAAGAGAAGGUACCAUGUGGUAAAGUUUGCGGCAGACUCUUAGAUUGUGGUUUCCAUUCAUGCGGCAGAACAUGUCACGAAGCCGAUUGUGGGACUUGUACUCGGACCUGCGGGAAGCCACGUAAAUCCUGUCAGCCUUGGCAACACGGCUGUACUCAUCCCUGCCAUGCUCCCUCUGCUUGUCUUGAAGAUGAGCCUUGCACAGCCCGUGUUGUUCUCCGUUGUGAAUGCGGACGAAUUCAACAGCCAGCGACUUGUGGCUCUUGCACCAGCAAUCUCGCAUCUCCUCAAAUGCAACCAAGAAUGCGCUAUGCAAAGCGGAACAAGAAUCUCGCUGAAGCCCUUGGGAUCGACACAGCUUCAUCAAGGACGAGCAAGUUCCCUGUUACAUGGCCUGAGGAGUUGCUCACAUUUGCCGGGGCGAACGGUCCUUUUGUACAGCUUGUCGAAAAGACGCUGAGCGACUUUAUCGAAGCCCAAAAACGUGUUCAGAUCCUUCCCCAUAUGCCACCCGCUCGCCGGGAGUUUGUGCACAAGGUAGCCGAAGUCUACCGAAUGGGUGUUCAAGAAGUGGACCAGGAGCCUCAUCGGAGCCUCCAGUUGACCAAGCGCAUUGAUACAAGGGUGCCGGAUCCGCUCCUAUCAAAAGCUGCAACUAUGCUUAAGAGGCUAACAGUUACUGAGGCCAAGAAGGCAGUUGCUCAGUCUUCAUGGAGUCCAAUAGUUCCUUCUCCAAGACCUCCUGUUGUCGGAGCCACGACUCUGAAGCUGGUCGGGACAUCUACCAGUGCUCAACUGCCCAAGCCCCCUUCAGAAACUUCUGGGCGUGCAACCAGCCGUCAGCCGUCCCCUAUCCUAGAAGAUUUGCUGGCCCAUCUUCGCCACAGCGAGAUAGCGAGCCUCAAGCUGACAUACCAGAAAGUUGGGAUGAUGGGGCGUGACUUCGUCAGCCCAUUGUUGUUGUACAGACACAAAUAG